AAUCAUUUUAAAAUGGUCUGCUACUCCGGAAACUCCAACCACAUGUAGGCCUAUUACUUUCGCUUCGGACGUAAAAGGAUUUCUGGAGCAUUGAACGGAUUUUGGAAAAUGUUGGCUAAUGAAGAAAAUACCUCUAUAGUAGGCUACUACACGGAGGAAAUUAGAAUAAGAAACUCUUCUUGAAAUUGUAAUAGGCUGCCAAGUUCACAGCAUAUCCUCGAGACACUGAGUCGCAACAUGAGAACUUUCCUGGCAGUGUUUAUUGUCUUAACUGUCUCAGCAGAUAAACAUGUAACUAUCAAUGGCACCCUAGGACACGAUGUCCUUCUGCCAUGCGCCUGCUCAGGCAGAAAUGUGAGCAGGGAGGUUGGGUGGCAGACAGAAGGCCCAAAUGCGACGCAGGUGUUCAAUCACACACAGACCACUGAAACAUUCUGGGGCAAAUAUAAGGAGAGAGGAAAAGCGUUUCUGUCUGAGAACAGAGAAAACUGCUCAAUUCUCCUCACCAACAUCACAGCAGAGGACCAGGGGAAACACAGAUGCAUCUUUAGCAUUAAUGAGACAUACAAAAAAUCCUUUGUAACUCUAAACAUUUAUGCAUGCUACAGUGUUCUUCAGACAGCCAACAACAGUGGAGGUGUAAAUGUUUUCAAGUGUAAUGUAAAGGGACGCUACAACAAGACAGAGAUUGAGUGGGAAUUGGAUGGAGUGCCUCUGCAAAAUUCAAUCACCACUAAUAUAACUCAAAAAUACAACCCGGAUGAUCCUACUGGCCAAAUCCAAUUCUCCAGCCAACUCAACACUACUCUCAACUGGACCUCAGCACCUAGAUGUCACGUCAAGGCCAAAAACAUAGCAACGUACAACAGCUCUGAUUGCAAUGCAGAUACAAAUAUUCACUCUACACCAGACUACAACUACAACAAGGACCAACGAAGAAGCUACUAUUUUUACAUUCCCAUUAUGUUUGUGCUUGGACUUUCAUUGCUCUUGUGGUGCCGUAGGGUCGUCUCAUAGAGUUUACCCUGGAUACAACAAGUUGAGACCAACAACUUCAAAGGCUAACAAAACAGGAAAAAAACAUCGCGAAAAAGAAAAGAAAAGUGAAAGCACCUUCAACCUCACUGUGGUUAGUCACGUGUAUGAUUCACAAUGCCUGCAAAUAAAUUGUUAAGAGGCAGGUUACAUCCUGUGUUCAUGCCACUCUGGGAAUGUAGUUUUCUUUUUUUUUUAAAUGUCCAUUUUGUGAACUCUUGUUUGUAUGAUGCUACUUGUUUUUCUUUUCAAAAGUCUCUAAUACACACAACAGUUAAGCUAAUUCAUAUAUACUCCCGUAUACUUUAUUAAUAAAAUACUGUAUAAAACAGAGCCAUUUAAUGAUAAAACAUGUCUGCCUUCAAAUUUAAGAUGUUGGACCUUAUCUGAUAUUGCAAGCUUUUGCAACAAUCAUAGUAAAUAUGUAUUAUGUGUUUAGCAACCAUAUUUUAAAUUGUAAAUAUUAUGUAAUAUGAUUAUUUUCAAAUAUAACACAAAGGUGAUAUUUUUUAUAGCACAAUACAAAUACUAUAAAUCUUGAUUUCACAUUAGAACAAAAUGAAAUGCAGAAAUGUGUAGAAGGUCUAAGACAUGUAUGUACCAUGGGUGACUUACUGUAUACUGUGAUUUUCUUGUUUCUUUAACGUUGAUGAUCAAGUCUCUUCUAUUCCUUUAUGAUGGUGCGUUUAUUUUUUUCUGUAUAUGCCAUAACUUCCCUAUACAUAGUUCACUAAGUACAGAUUUGUAAUACUUUUGUAAAUAAAUAGGUUAUGGUCAUUGUUUGUAAUAUAGUACAUCAAGGUCUGUGACAGUUUUGUGACAUUUAGAGGUCUGACACCGAAAACGAAUGUCUGUGAAUAAUGGUUACAUACCAAACAAGCAAACAAUGAUUAAUCUUUCCAAGUCUGAAAAGAAGUUGGUGCACUGCAUAAUGUGUGAACUUUCCAACAAAGGUUUAAAGUUAAAAAUUUCAAAAUGCUUUGCUGGGUCCAGUACUGACCAAGAAGGCAACGCAACCAAUAACACCACUCAUCCGAUCCCUUUACUGGCUACCAGUGGCUGCUCGAAUCCGCUUCAAGACACUGCUUCUGGCCUACCGUGCUGUGAAGGGAUCCAGCCUUUCCUAGUUCAUCCAGGAUAUGGUUAAACCAUACACUCUAGCACACACUUCUCUCAGCUAAAUGAAUGUAAUGUAAUAUUUUGUAAUGUUUUGUAAGAACAAGUAAACAAGCCUUAAACCC